AAUUUACAUAGUAUUCGUGUAUGAAAAUAUAUUUCUUAAUGGAAAGAAGAAAUUACUGUACCCUUGUUCUACAUCAGACGAGGGUCAUUCAAACUAGCGCGCGAAAGCAAAAAAAGGGCGACUUCUAUUUGGAACUGUAAGCUUGUAGUAGUGUAGCGAGGUCCUUUUCUUUCUAGAAUAAUUCCCAAAAGUACCGAAUAACGGAUCAUGAUUGGUCCAUAAAUCGACUUCGUCCAAUAGUCUCGUGGAAAUCCGUUGUAACAGAAAGGUAACGAAGAAGUACACACACCUGUUGCUAAUCCUAUGGUAGCCAUGCUAAAAUUUUAAGAACAAAGUAACAGUCAAAUCGUACUACAACCUCCUAAAUUUUGGAGAGAUUGUCACUCUUUGAUCGACCGAAUUUUUCAUAUUUCCGAAUAAACAGUUGCAAAAAAUGGAAAUUUCACCUAGAAAACCAUCAAAACGAUCACAAGAACCUGUUGAUGAAUGGCUACAGACUGAAGGAUAUUUUAGGAAACAUGCACCCAAAGAUCCCACUUGUUUGUUUAGAGCAGUUAGUGAACAAGUUUAUAUGACACAAUAUUAUCAUAUAAAGGUCAGAAAAGAAUGUGUGGAAUUUAUGAGAAAAAUGAAACAUUUGUUCAUAGAGAAUGUAAUAAUUCCAUUUGAUGACUAUCUUGAGCAAAUGGAAUGCUUUACCGAAUGGGGUGGUAUAAAUGAAAUCCAAGCCAUGUCAUUGCUUUACCAAAGAGAAUUUAUUAUAUAUAAUGGUCAAAAGCAAAUUAGUUACAAUGUUACUAAUAAUGGUUUUCAAGAUACUAUAUAUUUAUGCCAUACUCCGCAGAAACAAUAUGAAAGUAUAUAUACAAGAGACUUUGUUGCAACUGCUGCCUAUUGUCAAUCCAUUGUUUAUCAAGUAUUAUAUAAGAAUGUCUUUCAUAUGAGUGAUAUAGAAGAUACUGUCCAUAAAAUGUUACAUGACCGAAGUGGUACGUUUAGACACGAUAAGUUUUUCCUCAAAGGAAAUUUAGAAAUUAGAGAAGAAUUGACUACAGAAAUAUUUACCAAAGUUGAAACUGAAACUUAUACCGAUGAGGUUGAUAAUGGGCAAGCUAUACCAAAAAAUAUACCACCUUUUCCAUAUAGAAUUGCUAAAGCUCUUGAUCCCAAUAUUUAUCGUAAUACUGACUUCGAUAUUUGGCAUGAAAUUAGACGAGAAGUGAAAAAUGCGGGAUGGACCAGACACAAUAGCCACGAACUUCAAGUUGGUGGCAAGUGUUUAGUACAAAUGGAUUUUAAUGAGAACGAUAUUGACGAAGCUAAUAAUAAUAGCGUUUAUAUGUCCUCUCUUGAAAAAGAAUCUAACGAUAAUAAUGUAAAAACGGUGGAGAAAAAGGACAAACAAGGUCCUGCAUUCUUUUAUGGACAUAUUCAAGAAAUGAGUAAAGAUCAGGGACCAGUGUUAGUUUUUAUUGAAGAACUAGGAGAAAAGAAAAUUGUACCCUAUUCUGCUCUUAAACCGCUACCUUUAAGAAAGAAUAAACAGAACAAUUGGCUACCAACAUAUAAAAGAAACGUACUUUUAGAUUCAAAUCAGAAAUGGAAAAAAAACUGUGGCUCAGGUUCGCGCAAAAUUAAAGAGUCUACUAGUAUGAAUAUUUUUUCAAAUAAUAUUGAUAAACAUGAGAACAGCGAUAACAGUGUAAAUGAUAUUAACAAAAAUAAUUUUCAAUGGAAAGAAGAAUCUUUGAAGGUAGCUCAACACGGAUAUGAAAAUUAUACAAUGGAAAAGUGUACCAACUUUCCAAUUAAUAAUUCAGUUCCUCAAAGGAACAUUUUUGAUAAUACCCAAUCUUCUACAGUGGAGCCUGUUAGGCAAGAAAAUAAUAAACAACGCAAAGAAAGAACUUCAUUUACAAAUAAAAAUUCGGAGAAUAAUGUGAUAAAAAAUGUAAAACCUGACGGUAUAAAUAAUAAUAAUAAAGUUGUUAAUACAGGGUUCAAUUUAUAUUCUAAGCAAAGAGUGCAAAAGGAAGCUCAUUAUUCAUCAUAUUCUGAAGAUCCUAGUAAUCAGAUGCUACGUCCUAUUAAUUGUUCUGUACAAAAAAGUGUUGAUAUAAAUGGUAGUGAUUUGCCAUUAUCAGAUCCGUUUACUUUGAGAUUUUUUUAUAAUUUAGGAUUAGAGUAUUUUCGCGGUAGCACUAACUGGAAUUAUUUAACAAAUGGACAAACACCUGACUUUGGACAGUGGUAUCAAGGGAUACCUCAAAAUGAUAUGGGCAUUGAAAAUAUUACAAAUGGUGUACUACAUGACUGUAGAUUGACCGAAAAAAAUAAUAAUGAUCAGAAAGAGACAAAUACUCCUCAAUUGAUGUGUAAUAAUAAUACGAGAGUUACGCAAACUCUGCAGGUUGAAGGUUUUAAAGGAGAACACGGAAAAGACUUGCACCCAUCUCAUGAUAAAAUCAAAGAACAUGAACCGUUUAAUAAAAGCACUUCCUAUAUGAAUAGAAGUGGUUUAGGUCCACGAUUUAAGAAAAAUACCGAUAAUCGAUCCCGUUUUAAUCAACAUUCUACACCGCCAACCAAUCAGUAUUUAUCAAAUGAAUCACCCAAUUUUAAACCACCACCUCCUCCUCCCAAGCUAGAAAUGGAAAUGAAAGGGGAUGAUGGAAAUGUUCAACAUUCGAUGAUCGUACCUCCACAAUUACAAACGCCGACAAAUACAAUGAACUCUUAUCAAGUACCUUACAUGCAGCAAGGCAUGUAUCCAUAUUAUGCUAACGAAGCAGAAGGAUUUGCAAAUUCUUAUUAUACUCCAAAUACGGGAUACUUUCCGAUGCCUUAUUUGCCGCCUUCUGAGAUACCAGAUAACAAUAAUAUACAAUCAUUUUCACCGCAACUUUACCCAGGCAUCGAUUACGCACAAGCGUAUUCUGGAUUGUGUCCACCGUACGUGUGUCCUCAACCACCUCCAUACGCUAUACCGCCACAAAAUAUGCAAGAACACUGGUAUGCAGUUGCUGGACAACCGCAUUACAUGCAGUAUACACCUGUAUUACCUGUAACUACAGAAGCAACUUGCAACGGAAUAUCGCAAAGUGCAAGUCAGAAUGUUUCGCUUUAAAAAUUGCCUUACAUUUACUAUUUGCAAAACUUAAGUUCCUAUAGAGUAAGAAUCUUGCAUAGUGAUUGCAAUCAAAAUGUGUGCAAUCAAAUAAUCUUGUUUGCAAGUUGUAAAACCAAAGCCAUCCUUGAUAGUAUUAUCUAGUAGUUUGUAACAAGUACCAUUAAUACUCACAAAUAUUAAAUAAACAUUUUUGAUACGUAAAAAUAGUGAAAA